UUCAAUUUUAAAAAUUUCUCAUUUAUACAUUAGGGUCUGCUCGAACACAAGGUUAUUAUAAAAUGCCUGCUGAAGAAAGGUUUAGACGGCCUUGGUGUGUUGGUCGAAGUUUAAUUGGUGAAGAUGGUCGUCGUCGUCCAAUUCCGCUGAUGCCUGCCACAGUUCAAGCACAGCUUGGAGGAGAUGCAGCAUUACAAGCUUUCGGUGAGAAUAUUGAGGAAAGGCUAACUGAACAAGCAUCUGAAGCUAAGAAAAAACAGUUAACACAGUUUCGAGAAGCCCGGUCUGUCCAACGUAGACUUUUGGCGGAAUUUCAAGAUAUUGAAACAGGAGAUCUAUUGAAAUUUAACCAGUUAAAGUUCCGUAAGAAACAACUCAUAUUUGCAAAAUCACCUAUUCAUGCUUGGGGUCUCAUCGCUUUAGAGCCUAUAGCUGCAGAAGAAAUGGUAAUUGAAUAUGUUGGUCAUGUGAUUCGUAAAAGUGUAGCUGAAUUGCGCGAACGUCAGUAUGAAGCUAAAGGAAUUGGUGGUUCUUAUCUUUUCCGGAUUGAUGAUGAUUUUGUGAUCGACGCCACCAUGUGUGGUAAUAAUGCUCGUUUUAUCAACCACAGUUGUCAGCCUAAUUGUUACGCCAAAAUAAUAAUGGUUGAAGGCAAGAAGAAGAUUGUUAUUUAUUCAAAAAGAGAUAUUAAUGUUAUGGAAGAGAUAACGUAUGAUUAUAAGUUUCCUUAUGAAGAUGAAAAAAUUCCUUGCCAAUGUGGUUCAUCAGCAUGUCGUGGGACACUUAAUUAA